ACACGCUGUCCUCCAGCGGCACACUAUCCGCUCUUGGCUUGUUGUGCGUGUGUGUGUGUGCGCAGGGCUGACCGGAGGAGGAGGUGGGAUCUACCUACUGGUGGUGGUCGCGGGACCGUGCAGAUUGCAAGCGACGAUUCGCAUUCGCAACGACUGAAGGCUUGAUUAAUUUAUUGUAGCCUAUAUAUAUAUUUUUUUUAAUUUUUUUUUUUGAGGAGGGGGAAAUCAGCGACAAGCAAAGCCCCAUUUAUCGGGGAUCCCCUGCCAACACACACACACACACACACACACUGAUCCACUGGUUUGCCCACUCAGGCCCAGCAGGGAGCUGUGUGAUGAGGUCGCCCAGCAGCGGGGGUUAGGUCGCGCUGAGAUAACGCUGCUGUUUGGUCAGGACAGUGUUCGCUCUCAGUGCGAGUCGCCUUGCCUCUCUCCAGCAGCCCCCGGUGUGUGUGGGCGAAAACACUCCCGGAGAGCGCAGCUGCUACUGGGGCGGAGGGAAUCGCUGUGGGCACAGUCGGCAGCAGUGCAGAAUAUCCAUGAGCUCCGAUUUCCCACACUACAGUUUCAGGAUGCCAAAUAUAGGGUUCCAGAACCUUCCCCUGAAUAUCUACAUUGUGGUGUUUGGGACAGCCAUCUUUGUCUUCAUCCUCAGCCUCCUCUUCUGCUGCUACUUAAUAAGGUUACGGCACCAGGCGCACAAAGAGCUAUAUGCAUACAAACAAGUCAUUCAGAAGGAAAAAGUCAAAGAGCUAAAUUUGCAUGAGAUAUGUGCAGUGUGCUUGGAGGAGUUCAAACAGAAAGACGAGCUGGGGAUUUGUCCGUGCAAACAUGCCUUUCAUAGGAAGUGCCUCAUUAAAUGGUUGGAGGUGAGGAAAGUGUGCCCACUGUGCAACAUGCCCGUCCUGCAGCUAGCCCAGCAGGCUGGCAGCACGGACCCUGCUGUGCCAUUACAGCAGCCUCUUCCCGGCAUCGAGAACCUGGUGUAGCAGACCCGAACCUCUGUCAACCAGGGCAAUACAGACACACACACACACACAUACACACACACACACACACACCAUCACUUGCACAGGUACACUUUGAUGAGUCGGCAGAGAAACUGGAGUUACCGCGCAGAUACAAACAAAAAAUGGCGUACCAGCAGCCAUGGUCGCCUCUCUUGUUUUUGCAUUGGUCCACAAAAAGGAUUACCUGAUUAUCAGUUCCGACUGAUAAUCGACCGUUUUCGUGUUUUUUUUCUUUUCACGGACAAUGAAGAAGAGUUUAUACAGAAGAAGCUUCUUUCUCGGCCAUGAUCUAAAAACCUUUUUUUCACAACCAAAGCACUUUUCUGGGAACACCAGCUAAAGACCUGGAUGGAUAAAAACUCAAAAGCCAAGAACUACAGUACGCUAAAAUAUAAAUUGUUUCCUUCAGUUGUUUUUUUUAACGAGCACUUUACAAGAAGUCAAAACCCAUUUGCUUGUGAUCAUAGUAGCAAGAUCAUGCUUUGUAUUUUAUCGUUAACUAUUAUUUCUGUGCACAGUGCAACACCACAUGGUUUUUCAUUUUGAAUUAGUAAACUUUGAUUUUUAACAAAAUUACAUAUAUAUAUAUAUAUGUUUAUAUAUAUAUAUAUAUAUUUCUCAAAGGGACAACUAUACUUGCGUCGGUAGAUGUCAAGAAAUUUGGACAAUGGUUUCUGUUCAAAUUGCACACGCUUGAGAAAAUGACCUCAAAACAACCUCGAGACUUCAUGUCUGACUAAAUGUGAAAGAUUUCAACGGGUUGAAACCCAGAAUUUUACAAACACGACCACAAACACACACUUUAUAUGAAGCCUACGUAUACAAUUUGUUCCUUCAUCACCUUGUUUGUCAUUCAUAACAGUGUUUGUGUUGUGAUGAUCCUGCUUUUUUUAAUCGUACUGCCAGAACAGAAUGGUGAUCCAGGGAACAAAUGACACUCUCACAAAACAAAUUUACUGGGAAGAAUCCCUGUAGGCAGGAGCGCUGUUGGGCAAAAACAGGUCAUGUGCCGUCAACCCAAAACCUGUUCUGGAAACAAAAAACCUUUCAGGAAAAUCUUCGACAAAGUAACAACUGUGAUCAUCUGAGCAGUAUUCCUGUGGAUAUCCUGGUGCAUUUGUCUGUAAAACAGUUUCACAGAAAAAACACCAGUAGCGAGGCAAAUUUUUUUUUUAAAUACAUAGAAUUACACAAUUAGUUUUAUCUUGCUUCGCUUUAUUUCACUGAAGCAGAGCGGUGUGAAUGUUACGAGGGCUUGACACAAAAUAAGGCAACAAAUGUCAAACACAUUUGACGUAUUCAACUAGCGUCACAUAUCCUGCUCGAACAUUAUUGACAGACCAUUUGAGGUAGAGGAUCAGGAUGAACUCUUUAGAACAUGCUGCGCACACAGUUGCAGUUGUCUUUGCUUCUACCCCAGAAGAGUAUUUCUAUUUAUUUAUUUUUCUUGUUUAUUAUAAACUUGCUGGUACAGCUGCCAUUAAGUGAAUGAUUUCUCGCCUGCAUCACGAGAACUGCUCUCAGCAUACCCCCCCCCCCCCCCCGGCAGGCCAGAGAGUCGGUGGUCAGCAGGUUGUAGUGAAGCUGCAUUUUCAUUCAAACACAAACACAUACAGGGUAGUUCGGCUUUUUGGCUGCAGUAUUCUGGUGUGUUCGCCUCUCUCUCUCUCUCGCUCUCGGUCUGUACAGCGCAGGGAGCUUUUUGUGUCGUGCCACACGCACGGUCUCUUUGAGCCCUGUUUUGUGUGGUUUCCUUUUUCUUCUUUUUUUUUUUUUUGUCCUCAUGUCUUUGUAGCUGCAUUUCGUAAAUGUGUUGUGGGGAAAUGCGCUGAUGUAAAAGGGGGGCUACAAAAAAAAAAGGUUCAGAGUGAUGGACCUAAGAUUAAAAUAGAUUCUCUUUUACCUGCGAUAUGUAUUGUCCAUUGACAAUCAUAUAUUAUCUUUAUGGACAAAAUCGGUGAUCCAAGCAUAAAUUUAAAAAAAAAAACUGUCCCAAUACUUAAAAAAAAAAACUAAAAACAAGGACUAACACAAAGAAAUAGACAGAAAAUUGAAUCUAAUUUUGUGGAGUGUUCUGGUGAUGUUAAAGUUUUGUGUUGUUAUUUGAAAUAAACAACUAAAACAGACUUACAAUCACGAUUGGAAAAAGAACAAAAUGUAACUUUUUUAUCUCUUACUCUUCAAAUAUCUUUGAGUAUACAGUACCUCAUAUUUAAUGCUGAUUGUGUGGUUAAUAACACUUUAUUCCCAAUAAGAUUUUAUUCUCUAACACCAAACACUGUCAUGGACAGAGCUGGCAGCACACGAGCGAGGGGACGGUGUGUUUCACCUUCUGUGGCAGAAAAGCAUUGUCACUCUCACCUCUGUGGUUCUGAACGUCUGCCCACACCCGACAGCGCCGACCACUGUGGUGGGUUCGGGGGCACGCAGCAAGGGGAAAAUGUGAAACACUCAGAUCAGUUACAGUGCGUGCCCUAAAAUAAGUGCAGUCCUCAUACACUCUGCUGUGCUACAGUAUUACAACAUCUUUACUCUUUACAGUGUGUCGAUGAUUUACUUUGCAACUGAAGUGCAUCAUCUGGCCUCUCACUGGAAAAAGGUUUGUGGUUUUUAUGUUGAACAAAAUAUGCGGCGUUAAGGCCGUCUGAUGUACGUCGUGUGAUGUACGGUAUCUGGUACCUUCUCACUUCUUUAGGCUUUGGUUUUGAAGAGGCUGCGACUGUUUCGUAGAAUUUACGGUGAGCGCUCGUAACAUUAUGCCUCAAAGCGUCACAGAUUAAAACUGGACAUGAGCCAGUAAUUCUGCCACUGUCCCCAGAUUAUGACAUGUUUCCUAGCUCAAUGCUGAUAACAGAAGUCUUAAAGCUAUGUUCCUGAUAACGUUGUUUUUGUUGUUGUUUUUGAAUGUAAGGUUUCACGAGAGAAAAGUAAAGAACACGAGGACUUGUAAUGUGAAAGCAUGCAGUUUUGCGACGUCAAGUCGCCACUGACAAUCGCCCUUGUUAAAUGUCUGUAGACAAUAGUGCCCCUUUGGUGUACACUGAACGGCAGCUGAACACUUCCUGCCAUUUGGCGAUCUUAAGCGUCGUGUUUGAUUGUACACACUUGGCCUGUUCUUCUUCCCCUCCCGUGUGCCGUCCGAAUCCCACCGAAGACAAAGUGCCACCUCAAAAAUCAAUCAAAAGUCAGAGCCAACGAGAAAAAAAUUGUCCUGCUAUUUUUCAAAGACAAGGAAAGGAGGAGAGUCUCUGUGAGACUAUAGCCAAAAAAAACUGAAAAGGAAACUGAGCCAGUUAUGAAAAUAGUAAUAAAUGGCUUCCGACCGGUGAAAUCUCCAUUGACGUCAGUGCUGGUUCAGACUCCGUUAAGUCCAUUAUAAAUAGAUGAGAGGAAAAUACAACAUGUUUGUCAGGAGCGCUCGGUGACGGUCGGUGUUCUGGCUGACAAUGCCAAAGCUGUGCUGUUUUAAUAAUAAACAAAAAAAUACACGAUUGGUACACUUUCACUUAUAGAUGAGGGGUUUCUUUAUAUGUCCAUAGUUUGGUUUUUAAGCCACCAGACCACUUAGGAUUCUCUAUCACUGCCUCCCUGAAGUGAACUUUGUUUGGUGCGUUAUUUAUUCCCCUGUAGCUCAUGUCGUUUCCUGCCAACUCACAAAUAACUUCCCCCACUUUGUCCAAAUACCCCCCCCCCCCCCCCCCCCCCCCCCCCCCGCCUUUACUAGUGUACCUGAGUAUACACACUCUGCCCUCACACCCUCCUUUUUUUGUCAACACUGAUUAUGUUUGUGGAUUCACACAGACAUUGUUUGUAAAACUAAAAAUUCUGCAGCAGAAUAUUUUCUGAGACAAUUGCUGUACAGUAUUUGUAAGCUCUAUUUUUGUAUAUUGCUUUUUUGGUGAAAAUAAUAUGCUUUUUUUUCUUUUCUUGUUUUUGCUAAUUUCAUGUUUAUUCAUUUUAAGGAAAAAUGUUGCAUGUGACUGACUUGAACUGUAAAUAAAAUUUCCCAAGUUUCUGAGA